UUUAAUUUAAUUUUACAUUUUUGUUUUCAUGCCCAGAAUAUGUUGAACACACUUUGAUUAAAAAAAUCACAAAGACAUGCUAUCAUGUGAAACUGAAUUUAUGUUUCCCAUGAUUUAUGUAAACCUUACUUGCUAUGUUUGUUUUAGGAUAAAAUUAUCUAUCUAUCCAUCCUUACAUCCAUCCAUCCAUCGCUUCAUCCAUACAGUAGAUUGACAAACAGAGAGAGAAAAGAAAGUGCAAAUGUUUUUUUGCACAAGGUAAAUAGGUAGGAACAGGUAGGAGCAGAGCAGAUGACACAUUGCCAGUAUGCGCUGUUAUACUCAAAUAAACAUCUGAGAGCAAAUUAUCGUACAUCGUUGCGUCAGAGUACAUGAGCUGUAUGGGAAGCCACAUCAAAAAGCACAAACAAGACCUGUAUAAAUUUUCCGUGGAAGAGAUUGAUAUGAAGAUUAGUUGCACCUCACAUGGGAUUAGAGUUACAUGGAAGACUGAAGACAAAAACAAGGAGCCGAGAUGUUAUAUAAGUGAAUUACAAUACAAAAACCAGUGUGUCAAAAACUGGACGUCAGAAUUAACCCGGAAUGAGGAGCUGACUGUUGUAGAUUUGCCUACUCUCAGUAUGAAGCACAACUAUGAUUUUAGAAUUAGAAUGAAGUUGGAUUGUAUGUAUGAUGGGGACUGGAGCAACUGGACAACAGUGCAGAGCUGGGGAAAUAAUACAGGUGUCUGUAAGGUUGAAUCGUCUUCCAACCUUUCAAUCUGGAUUUACGUUUUAAUAACUGCGCUGCCAAUGACCGCCUUUCUUCUUAUUUGCCUCAUGAUGCAAGAGGGCAUUAGAAAACUGAUCCUUCCAGUGGUACCAGAUCCCAAACAUUUCAAAAGUAAAUUCAUGGACAUUGACCAGUCUCAAUGGUGGGGCAACCUUGGACAGCACACUGAGGAGUGCACAACAACUGAAAUUGAGAUUGUCAACAAAAGUGAAGAUAGUGAGGAUGACCAAACUGUAGUAAUAGAGUCAAUGGAUGCCACUCUUGAACGUGACAACAUGUACUGUAUUUACUCAUCUGAAACACCUGAUGAGAUCACGCAACAGUACUCUCAGAGGGUAUGUGGGUAUGUUGUUCUCUGAAAAGUAUUUCUAAGUAACUGAAAUCAUACCUCCACUAUGCGGGCACAUGUUUGAGCCAAGCUGAUGUUGAAUGCAUCUUCUGAAAAAAUGUAUAUUUGAUAUAUGAUUUGUGUAUGUGUUUGAAAUAAUGCAGAGGUUUGUCCAAUCGAGUCCACAUCUUGUGCAGGUUAUUUGAGUAAAACUGAAAAUUAUAUAAUCAUAUUUUAUGUCAUUGCACCCAUAUGUAGGUGUUUUAUAUAUGAACCACAAGGUAUUAAUGUCAAAGCUUUUUGCAUGCAACAAAUAUAAUCACUGUAUGGUUGUGUUUGAUUUAUUAAAAUAAUAUAGUACAAUAGGUCAAGAAAAAACCCUGUACCAUCAAUUUGUUGAUUUAACAUUGAGUAUUUUAUUGGUAUUUUACUGUAACGUCAUGGGUUGAUUUUUUGGAACAUCACAGGUAUUAUUUUAUUUAUAUCAGGAAAUAUAAUUUCUUUAUUUUUGGAUCUACAGUAUAGAAAGCUAGCUGGUGACUUUAGACAAAACAUGGCUCAUAGAUUCAACCAGGUUUGGUGUCUAUAAUCAAGAUUGGGUUUGUCAUUGACUCUCUGUCAUAAAAAAUCCUCUGACUGCAUUUGCACAAUGUGUGUGCAGUACAAUAACUCAACAAUGGAGGGCACUCUGACUAUCCUAAAGUGUUAAAAAGAGCUGAAAAAUAUCAAAGCCAGCAGGGAGCACACUCUUCACAGCAUCACAGGCCUCUCUUAAGGGAGGAUGUACGUUAAUUUGAAGACUGAUUUAAAAGAUUAAUGUGAAACUGCAUAAUGGAUGUGAAGUUUCAGUGUGACUAACAAAGCCAAAGAGCAGCAGACAUGCACCGCGAUCUGUUGUGACUGAUGAACUGAUAUGCAGCUGCAGGAGAAAACCAGCAAAUAGUUAUUAAGAGAUAAAAAAUAUAAGUCCCAGUUGUACCUGUUGAAGACUGUGAAAACUGACCAGCACUGUUUCUUUGCAAAUGUAAUUUAUUAUCCCUUUAAUAGGAGUAGGCAAACACAAACAGGGGAGGUCAAAACAUCCAAGAUCACUUUGAAAUAUAGAGCUUUACUUCACCUUGAAACAAGCCUUUGGAUUUUAAAAAGGGAAAAAAGUUAUGGCGCUAAAUAAAGAAGUAUUUUAAAGUCUGUACUAUUUCUAGAUUGCUAAUUAAAUAAGCAAUGUUGUGGCAUCGAUUAUUUUAAACCUCAUUUAUGCAAAAGGUUUCUUGGUGCACUGACGCACAGAAUAUGUUAUUUGGAUCAUUUAAUGCCUUGCAUAACAUGGUCCAUCAGGUAAGGGGAUUAUAUCAUCAAAUAAGAAAUUGUAAAAUUCAGGUUUGAAUGUAAACAUAAAGUUUAACACAAACUGAUAUUGAUAAUAUAUAUAUAUAUUUAAUUGAAAAACCAACACAAACGCAUUUACACUAUUGAGAAUCAAUCUGUACAGUACAUGAUUUUCUAAUUGGCAGAAAUGACUUAUAUAAAACUGCAUACAAAAAACUGCAUGAUAGUGGCACACAAAAUGCUUGAUGUUCAGUGCCAGAAGUGACUGUAUAAAUGAUGACAAAAUACUUUUUUGUAUUUAUUUUUAUUCAUAAAAAUAAACAUGGCAAAACAUG